AUGAGAGAGGCUUCCUCUGCCCGAGGCCCGCAAGAGCUCCUGCUGCCGGCCAGAGUGAAUGUGGACUUUGACAGACUGAAGGUCUGGCAGAGGUUCCUCGAGCAGUACUUCCACCAGGCUGACUUGGCUGAGUUCAUGCACCUCUUUGGGGGAGGCUUCCCACACCAUUCGAGCGUCGACAAGAUUGUCGGGCACCAGGGCCGAGGCCAGGCCGGCGUGGAAGCCAGUCUGGAUGUGGAGUAUCUCAUGAGCACCGGGGCCAACAUCUCCACCUGGGUCUUCAGCAAUGCAGGGAGGCACGAGAGCCAGGAGCCCUUCCUGGACUGGCUGCUGGUGCUGAGCAACACGUCGGCCUUGCCCUGGGUGCACACGGUCAGCUACGGCGACGACGAGGACAGCCUGUCGCAGGCCUACAUGGCGCGUGUCAACGUGGAGUUCAUGAAGGCGGCAGCCCGGGGGAUCAGCAUCCUCUUUGCCUCAGGAGGGGGGGGCUGUUGUGGAUCCUGCCCUGCCUGGUCCUGCGGAAGUGUCUCGCUUUGCUCGAAGGUGGCUGCACCUCUCCCCCGUGUCCGCAGCCCGUACGUGACCACUGUGGGCGGCACGUCCUUCCGGCAUCCCUUCCUGGUGAGUGCGGAGGUGGUGGACUACAUCAGUGGAGGGGGCUUCAGCAACGUCUUCCCCAUGCCGAGUUACCAGACGUCCGCCGUGAAGCAGUUCCUGAGCAGGGCCCCCAAGCUGCCUCCCGCCUCUUACUACAACAGCAGCGGGCGGGCCUACCCGGACCUGGCGGCCCUUUCCGACAACUACUGGGUGGUGGCCAACCGCAUCCCCAUGCCCUGGGUCUCCGGCACCUCGGCCUCGACUCCCGUGGUGGGGGUGACCGAAGGGUGCCACCUGUCGUGUCUGGAUGCCACAGUGGAGGGCCAGGGGUUCUGUGCUGUUCCCGCCUGGGACCCCGUGACAGGAUGGGGGACACCCAACUUCCCAGAGCUCCUGCGUGCCCUGCUGGGCCAGUGACUCUUUGAGGGUGGGGCGGAAGGCCCCGCUGGACCGGACUGUGAAACCCUUUGACGACUCUCGCACUCUUGAGCCACUCUUGGCCUGGAAUGCAUCUCGGGGUGGGGGAGGGCCAGGGGAGGGGGCCGAUUUCUGCGUCUGCUCCUUGGGUGUGGGUUCCAUGGUGGGUUGUCCCUCUGCUGCCUGCGGGUGAUCGGAAUUCUCCCAAACAUGGCCCCCUGUCAAGAAAACAAACCCUCUCUUGUCUCCAGAGAGACGGCACACACGCAGGCCGGAGGCCGAGUCACUUUUGCUGUCUUUUUGGACACCUGCCCUACAGCAAGGAAAGGGGGCCUGCAGGGCUGGGGUUCAAACAUAUAUGGGUGCCAGGAAGCAGAACCCCCCCUCCCUUCCCCCCCUCCUCCAGGCCAGCCGGCCGGCUGAGACCUGUUCUUGGAAGGCCUCCUGCAGCAGGGGCGGCCUCUCUAGCGAGCUCCUGGUUCCCCUCCUUGGAGGCGCUGCUUCUUGGCUGAAGAGCCUCUGACUGAGGGGAGGCAGCAGCCGCUGAGCGGGUCUGUGCCCUUCGGAGUGUCUGUCCACACACACACUUGCCCGUGGGGGGGGAGGGCUCAUUGGGCCCCCUUGGAUUCCCUUGAUGGUUGCUGUAGCGUCCGGAUGUACAGCCAGGCAGCCAGGGAGGGGCACCUGGAAGCGUGCCUCCCCCUUCCCCCCACCCCCCA